AUGGGAGAAGUGGUAGAAUUAAAAAGUAGUCAAGUCAUUCCACUCGCAACUUCACCUUCAGAUACCAAUACUGAAGCAGAGGCAAUGCAAACGAUAACCAUUAUAGAUGGUGAUCCUUCAAAAGAUAUUACUUCAUCUACAAGCUUGCAAGGUUACCGGCACAAUCCACAGGAAGCUUGGCUUCCCAUCACAGAGUCCAGGAAUGGCAACACCUAUUUCGCAAUGUUUCAUUUAAUUUGCUCAGGACUUGGAUGGCAAGCUCUUUCGCUUCCUAUUGCAUUUGCCUCACUUGGAUGGACAUGGGGUAUCAUAUGUUUGUCACUAGCUUUUGUGUGGCAACUCUAUACCAUAUUUAUUCUUGUUCGACUACAUGAAGCAAUCCUUGGAAUUCGCUACAGCAGAUACAUGCAACUUGCAAUAGCUUCUUUUGGGGGUGCCUGUAUCCUUCUAAUUAUCACUGGAGGUGGCACCCUAGAUAUCUUAUGCAAAACCGUAUGUGAUGGUGAUGCCAUGUGUCAUGCCAAAUCAUUGACAGGUAUAGAGUGGUACUUGGUGUUCACAUGCAUAGCAUUACUUAUAGCACAACUACCCAACCUCAACUCUACAGCAUGGGUGUCUCUAAUUGGGGCUACCACAGUUGUUCUAUAUUAUACUUUGAUUUGGGUUCUCUCAAUUACCAAAGAUAGGUCCAUAGGCAUAUCCUACAAUCAAUCUGAUGAAGUGAAAUCUAACUUGGAAAAAUUCAGUGAUGUGUUGAAUGCGCUUGGGAUCAUUGCCCUUGCAUUCAGAGGAUAUAAUGUCAUCCUCGAGAUACAGGGAACAUUGCCUUCAAGUCCAAAACAAACAUCCUAUAAGUCAAUGUGUACAGGGGUGACAAUAUCAUACAUAGUAAUCGCUAUGUGCCAAUAUCCCCUUGCAAUAGGUGGAUUUUGGGCUUAUGGAAACAAGGUACCGUAUAGUGGAGGACAAGUUUACGCCAUGGUUGUUUUUGACAACUUGGAAGUUAGAUACACAAGCAAGAAAAAUCAGCCAUGCCCAAGACGUGCUCCAAGAUCUCUUGCGACCAAAACCCAGAAAUCCGGUCACCCGAAGCCUUGCCAUGCGCCUCCACGCGCCUCCGUAGCCUCUGGAAAAUCUCCCACGCGCCGCCAUAGAAUCCUUACUUCUAGAUCGUCUUCUGGGCGCACGCGCCGCCCUGUCGGCCUCCUCGUCCGCCGAUCUACGAAACCUGCGAUUCCGGCCCUCAUCUGGGAUAACACGCGCUCUCACGCACUUCCAGGAUUUCUGGCUUCUCCUCCACACGCCGGUAACGCUAUCACGUGCAUUCCACGCGCCGGAAAACUAUUGCUGAUGUCAUCUGACGUCAUCGGAUGA